AAAACAAUCAAAGACGAGACGAGUGUUUCAUUUACUGUCAAUUUGUUGUUAUUUACAAAGUGAUAAGCGAUUCAAAUUCAUUCUAUUCUGAUUGAAUUUCCAGAUUACAGUAUCAACCACUCUAGCAGAGAUUUGUGGACUUUGGACUAAGGAAUAUUUUUAUCUUUCAAAUAUGGCUGAUCAACCACCACCACCUUACCCAAAUAUGGCUGAUCAACCACCACCCCCUUACCCAGGGACUGGUGAAAAGACACCAUACCCACCUGGUCCUACUGACCCAGUUCAACCAGGAUAUUACGUACCGCCACCUGGUAUGCAUGAACAACCACCUCAAGCAGGAACGUAUCCCCAGCCUAUCAUCAGUGGGCAUGCCCCACCACCGAGUGGAAUGCCAUACACACAGCAGCCCCCUCCAUCAGGAGGUGCACAUUACCAACAUACAUCACAGACAGUUGUUAUUGCACCACAACCAUUGACUGCUACAUCAGUUGUUGUUCAACUCAACAAUCAGCCAGUAGCGAUGACAUGCCCCUACUGCCAGAAAAGCAUUGUUUCUGAAACCUCCUUUGAAGUUGGCACGUGUGCCUGGAUUGCUUGUGCUAUAUGCUGUUUUGUAGGGUGUGAUGCUGGAUGUUGUCUGAUUCCAUUUUGCAUGGACGACUUCAAAGAUUGCGUGCAUAGGUGUCCAAGUUGCCAGUCAGUCUUGGGAAAAUGUUCAAGAAUGUAAUGACCAUCGAACACCAUCUUUAAAUAUGAACAGAUGAGGAAGAGGCUGCUAUGGUAACUAUGGUCGCUUCAAGGCCAUUAGUUUUACACACCGAACAACAUUUGUCUAGUCCUAAAGCAAUGUUUGCUCUAAGCAUUUUCAGGUAGUCAGAUUACUCAGUGAGGUACCCAUGUUUCUCAGUGAGGUACCCAGGUUUCUCUGUGAGGUACCCAGGUUUCUCUGUGAGGUACCCAGGUUUCUCAGUGAGGUACCCUGAUUUUUCAAUGAUGUACCCAGGUUUCUCAGUGGUGCACCCAGGUUUCUCAAGUGAGUUAGCCAGGGUACUCAGGGAGGUACCAUGGUACACAUGUUUCUCAGUGAGGUACCCAUGGUUCUCAGUGAUGUACGCAGGUUUCUCAAUAAGGCACCCAGGUUUCUCAAUGGUGUACCCAGGUUUCUCAGUGAUGUAGCCAGGUUUCUCAGGGAGGUACCCAGGUUUCUCAGUGAGGUAGCAAGGUUUCUCAUGAGGUACCAAGGUUUCUCAGUGAGGUACCCAGGUUUUUCAAAGAUGUACCCAGGUUUCUCAGUGAGGUACCCAGGUUUUUCAAAGAUGUACCCAGGUUUCUCAGUGAGGUACCCAGGUUUCUCAGUGACUUUGAAAACUUUGAGAAACAUUCCAUUUAAUUUCAAGCAUUUUUUAUUUAGAUACAUCUUAUUCCACACAGAUUUGGACACAAUAUUUAAAUAUUAUUAUAAUGAAAAAAACAACGCUUUAAGAUGCCCCAAUUGUAUAUGUUUGUGAAAACUACCAUGAUAUGUUACUUUUAGGAUAUCCUGAAAAUGGCCUAUUAUAUUUUCCUGCUUCAUAGUGUGUAGAAAUGAACAAUUGGUUUUCCAUAUUUUAUUAAACUUAAACUUACAAUACAAAGUCAACAUAUUCAGUACAAAACUGAAGCUGCUCUAUUUAAAGGGGAACCGCUCAAUCCCAUGGAUUGCACCAAAGAAUCAUGGGACACUAUUGUUUAUGUUGUUUACAGUGUUAAUCUAUCUUUUGUUAUCCAUUGUUAUUUUAAUCCAGAAAGUAAAUUUGUUGUGAAAUUAAUCUUACUGGAAGGUGCCCCUUUAAAUAUCUGCCCAAACUGCAUAUUAAAUGGGACUAGAAAUACACCAACAUUU